UUCCUUUCCGCUCUGUCACCUCUGCCUGAGCAGUAGAGGAGGAGGAGGAGGUCGCAGGCCCAGCGGGCUGGCGCUCGGGCAUGGGGACCCUGCGGGCACCCUGGCCGUUCGUCUGGGUCCUGCUGCAGCUGGGCUGGCUGCCGGCUUGGCUCCUAGACUCCCCGGACAGGCCCUGGAGGCCCCUCACCUUCUCCCCGGCCCGGCUCAUGGUGCCCGAGGGAGCGAAUGCCACCUUCACCUGCAGCUUCUCCAACACGUCCGAGCACUUCGUGCUCAACUGGUACCGCAUGAGCCCCAGCAACCAGACGGACAAGCUGGCCGCCUUCCCCGAGGAUAGCAGCCAGCCCGGCCGGAGCGGGCGCUUCCGGGUCACACGCCUGCCCAACGGGCGAGACUUCCACAUGAGCGUCCUCGCUGCCCGGCGCAAUGACAGUGGCAUCUACCUCUGCGGGGCCAUCUCCCUGCCCCCCAAGACGCAGAUCAACGAGAGCCCUCGUGCAGAGCUCACGGUGACAGAGAGAAUCCCAGAGCCGCCCACAGAGCACCCCAGCCCCCCGCCCAGUCCCGCAGGCCAGUUACAGGGCCUGGUCGUGGGCAUCACGAGCCUCCUGGUCGGCGUUCUGCUGGUGCUGCUGCUGGCCUGUGUCCUGACCACCACCUUCCCCAGGGCCGCUCGAGGGGCCUGUGGCAGGAGCGGGGACGAGCCCCUGGUGAGUUUGAUUCCCUUUGCUGCGACCGCGAGGAAACACAGAGAGCGCUGGGGGCGGGCGGGGUCCACUCUGCCCCAGGGGGAGCAGCCGCACACGACCCCAGCCGUGUCACCGUGUUUGAACUUGGGGACACGGGCCCCAAGAAGGGUGGUGUGGGCCCUGCCCCUGCUCUGUGUGUGCACGCGUGUGUGUGCGCGCCCGAGCAUCAGCCACUCGGAGGCUGCUGACUCCCCUCCCUCUCUCCCUAAGAAGGAGGGCCCCUCUGCCCCACCCGCGUUCUCCGUGGACUACGGCGAGCUGGACUUCCAGUGGCGAGAGAAGACCCCGGAGCCCCCCGCCCCCUGCGUCCCGGAACAGACUGAGUACGCCACCAUUGUCUUCCCGGGCAGGCCGGGUUCACAGGGCCGCAGGGCUUCCGCCGAUGACCCCCAGGGGCCCCGGCCUCUGAGGCCUGAGGACGGACACUGCUCUUGGCCCCUCUGACAGGCGUCCUCUGCCGGCCGGAGUCCUUCAGACCCUGCGCCAAGAGCCCAGGGUGGCGCCCUCCCUGGAGGAGAUGCAGGGGAGAGGGGCUGCCCGGUGCCGAGCCCUGUCUGGGGACCACUCCCUGCGGCUGGCUCUCACUUCAGUGCUCGUGAUGACCUGGCAGGGGGUUCCACGGUCCCAUGUGGGCAAUGGAAGGAGACCCUCCCAGGACCCCAGGCCCUGUCCUGGACUGCGCUGGCCAGAGCUCUGUGCCCCCUGCACACAUCCUUCCUCGGGGAGCAUGGGGGCCGGUGCUGUGGCCAGGAUGGGGGUCUCCAUGGCCCCCGCUGACUCCUGGGGGAGGCUGGUGCCUGGACACGGGGGCGCCGGGCUCCUGGCUGGAGACUGUGCCUUGGGGCGGCCCGUGAGGCAAGGCCGUAGCGAAGAGACCCAGCACACACCUGGAGGGGCUCGCAGACACGCAAGGGGCUGGCGCUCCUCCAGGGGCCCUCACGUUCCCCCAGGCCUGGACAAGAGCUCCUGGCAGUGGUGGGCGGGGCAGAGGCAGGCUGCCCGAGGGCCAACCUCUGCACGCACCCCGUCCACCCUCACACGUUCCCGGGAAAUGGGGCAAUGAAGGGCGCAGGCCGAGCUGCAGUCCUCCCAGCUGAGGCCAUCCUGGGGGGCCCCAGGAGUCGCCCUAUUUAUCCUCCUCGGGGAUUCCCCUUCUUCUUGGUGCCCAUUCACGGUGCUAUUUAAAGAAGCCUUGCUGGGCUCUCGCCCGGGGUGUGGGGGGGUAGGUGUCUCCUCAGCCAGACGCCUCCGGCCAGACCCACCGCUCCUCGCCCAGCCCGCACACUGCACAUCGGCCGUCCAGGGCAGGGCGGCCUGUGGGCACGGGCGUCGGGGACUCAGGGGCACAUGCUCCCUCGGGUUCCACACACACUUCAGAGCCCCUGAGCUGAGGGGACUUGGUUCUAUUUUAUUAUAAUUAAAUAAUGACAAAGCUCCCAGAAAGGCCUGAGUUCUCUCCUGCUCACAGUUGUGGGGGGAGACGGGAGGGAGCACCAGUCUCUGCUGGCCAGGGCUGCGGGCGCUGGGCUGAAGAUGGAGGAGGCAGCCAGCCUGGUCCUCAGCAGGCCUGGCCCUCCCCUCACUGUCCCAGAAACACACAGGCCCCAAGUCCUUCAACUCUCUGCCCCCCACGCUCACACCCACAGCCUCGGGGGCGCUAGAUCCCUCUGACUUCUGGGGCCGUACAGCACCACUCCCGAGAGGCCCUUCCUCCCGGGCUCCAUGCCCCAGGGUCCCACGGCACCUGCCCCCUGACCACUCAGCCCAGCACAGGGUGUCUCCUGAGUGGUUGUGCCUGUAUCUGCCCUGUUCCACCCUCUACAUGCCCCCAUACCAGGGAGUCCCUCCCGGGCAGUGCUAGGGGGACAGGCCAGGCUGGUCAGUGGGCUGCACCACCCUGUGGGUGAGUAGGGGUCAGGGUGCCACAGACAGACUGCAGCAUCUUUGGGGAAACACAGUCCCCUCCCAUAUGCAAAGGGGUGUUUGUUCUGUCCUCCAGGAGGGGAUCCACCACCACCACAGUGUCCUUGGCCCUUGUCCCUAAGUACAGUGACAGACACCCCCAACCUUGCCCCUGCCAGUCAGCCCCGUCCAGACCUUCGGGCACCCCGACCAGCUCCCAGCCCUGCAACCUCCCAUCAUGUGCUCGCCGCCCUGGGGUCCUGUCCCCGGGUGGGGCAGGAGGCAGAAUCACAACAUCCAGGACACGCGAGGAAGCAGUUCACUGUGGAGACACCAAACACGGUCAGGCAUUAACGGGAACACCGCCGGAACCUCUGCAGAUGACGCGGUUUGCGUGCCUGGAAAACCCAGUAGGUUCUGUGGAAAAACUGCCACAGCAAUAGGAAAAUCUCGUCAAGUAGCAGAUACAGAAUUAACAUUCAGAAAUGAGUGGCUUUCAUAUAUUCAAACAAUAACCAGUCAGAAGAAAAAGUGAGAGAGAAUAUUCCGUCUGCAACAGCAACAGGGAAGAUAAAACACUCAAGGCACGAAUGUAGUGAGAACCGCGGGGACUCGACGGAGGAGAGCUGGGGUGCAGUGUGGGCUGAGCACACGGUGUCCUCGGUCAGGAUGACACGGCACCCUCGAGACGUCAGCUCUUCCUGGGUUAACGUGUAAGUUUAACAUGAUCCCAAUAAGAACCCACAUUUCUGUAACUGUAAAGUUCAUACGGAAAGACAAACCAGCAAGAAACAGCCAAGAAAACCAUGAAAAGAAAGUGAAAGAAGACCAGCUUUAUCAGAUCUAAAACUAAUCGUAAUUAAAACAGAGGUGUUAGCUCACGAAAAGAAGGAACAGAGAGCUCCAGUCGACCGGGGAAGAGAGACUUUUUAACAAAUGGCGUUGGGGCAGCAUAGCGGCUCAGAAGAGAGACCAGGCCUACGCCAUGAGCAACAGACGUAGGUGUACUCAAGAAACCCCACAAGAUCCUGAAGAAAACGAGGGCAGAUUCCUUCCCCCCAAAGGAAUAGGAAACGUCACUGCUCAAAAUCAGGGCGCGGUUACAGAGGAGACUGACACAGUCAGCUCUAUGAACAGGAGAAAAUGAGCAAAAAUCAUCAAAGCAAACCAGGGGGGUUGGGGGAAGCAUUUGCAAUACCACCCGAGAGGCUAAAGACAGAAAGAGCUAAAAAUAUGGGAAAAGGAAGGUCAAAGGUACAAGGGAGAAGUGAGCAGAUGUGAGCAGACAGUUCAGGCACAUGCACGCGCUAAAUACACACGUAUCCCUCACAAGGGAAAGGAUGUUCUGUUUUACUCAUAAUAAGAAAAACGCAGGUUACAACAGCACCAGGCAACUGGCGAGACUGGGAGCUGGACGCCACCCGGCUGGAGGACGUGGGGAAGCGGGCCCCUCCUGCACUACGGGUGGAAAUGCAAACUGGAGAAGUGGAGGUGAUCUAGCAGUUAGGGAAGCGUUUUGCCCUUUGACCCAUGAACCCCACCUGUGAAAUACCUCCCAGGGGUGACUGGCAAAAACGUGAGCUGACAGAAGCACGUGGGGUUCACCAUGCUGGGUCUUGGGGCUAAGCCGGCAGUUGGCAGCUGGAGCAGGAGGGGCCUGGCUCAGACACGGGGUGGACUUGGCUCCUUGGACAGACACCUGUGCGGUCAGCGUGGGGCGUGUGCAGAACGGAUGGAGAGAUCUCGCUGCCCCCAAAGGAAAGGAACCAGGCUGGGGCCCUGUCCAAAGACAAGGGAGCAAUUUGAACAUCGAAAAUACCAAAAGUAAAAGUAAAAAUCUAAUGGAUUACCACGCUUUGAGAAUGUUUAAAAGAGCAAGAGUUCACAUUGACACUUAAAAAAAAAAAAGACAAAAGAGCGAGCCGUGAGGAGGGAAGGAAGCGGUCGCCUGUCGAGCUGCCGGCCGUCCGAGCUGGCGGUGCAGGGCCACUCGCUGGUGGCAAUGCGGCUCAGAUAAGAAGUGAGAGGGACGCAGUCAGCACUUUGCAUUCUGCCUUCCCGUAAGGCGGCCCCUGCAGCGGGCCGCCACUCAUUUUUUCCAUUCCCCUGCUCUGCCCCCAUCGCAUGUGUCACCAGCCCUAGCCUGAGCGUCUCACCCACUGCCACCCACACCCGCUCCAGCGGGUCCGUCCCUAGCAUCUGAGCAUCUCACGAAGCCGGUGUCAGGAGGGUCUGGGCGUGGCUGAGUCUCAGCCUGGGGCCUGGGCUUCCCGAAUGAGGCCUGAGACCCGGGUGGGCAAGGAACCCAGAGCAGGAUGUAGAAUGGCUGCCCAGAAGCCUGGGGCCCACCAGUCUCCCCGUCCUGCCCCCUGAGCCCGUUCUUGCAACCGCUCUGGCCGGGACACACCCUCCUACCACCUGUGCCCUCAGUGGCCCGGUUUGCAGUGCUGGGAGCAGGGACUGGACACCUCGGCUUAAAAACCCAAGGUCCUGUGGGACAGUUAGGAUGGGAGUCUGCGCCCAGCCAGGAAAUCCAAGGUCAGGGCCUGUGAGUGGAGUAGGGGCUGAGGCCCAGGUCUCCCCCAGGAGAGAGAAAUGGAUCUCAAAGAGAGCCCACCCUGGGGUUACAGAGGCUGGGCUGGUGUUUGAGGCCUGGGGGGCUGAGGUGUGGGUCCUGCGGGAGAGCCUGGUGUGGGAGGCUCCCCACAGCCCUCGGCUCCCACUGUGUGGGGUGCCCUGGGCUCCCCACAUGUCAGGGGUACCUCCCAGAGCCCCUCAAGCAGAGGGAUGCACAGCCUCCCCUUUUCGUCUCUUCCCUCUGUUGUGUGAUUUCCAUCCCAUUAGUUCUGCUCUUUAUCAUUCCCUGCCUUCAACUUUCUUUGGGCACAAUUUGCUGUCCUUUUUCUAACGUCGUGAGCUCGAUGAUGUUGGCCUUCGGUCCAUUUCCCGCUAUCCCAGUGCCAGAGUCCCGCCCCGGCUGAGUCCAGGUUCCUGAGGGAUGGACGGCGUCGGCACAAUGAGGGGAAAAUA